UCGCGUACGACAGUUGAAAGCCAGAAACUUAACGGCAGUAGGUAGGAGGUAGCGACGGCAGCUGUAGGCUGCUCGAAGCAGCUGUAGCUGCAGUAGUGGCCGAACUGAGGUGACGAGCCGUGCCCUCCAGCCAGACAUGAGCGGGCGCGGCCUCCGCAGCGGUUCUGGCCUAUAGCGCGGCCUGGCCCAUCAUCCAUCGAGUGAGGAAAACAUUUACAGCAGGAAACAACGGGAGCCAGGUAAAUGUCAUGAAUAGCUCAAUCAAGCCAGCGAAUAACUAGCGACCCGAUAAAGCAGACCAGAAAGCGCCACGCAAGUCGGUGGCGACGACGACGACGACAACAACAGAACUGGAAACAGCGAGCCCAAACUGAGUCGGUGCUGCUGGUCCAUCAGCAUUCAGUCGAUGCAGUCCGUGCCGAGCAGAUCAUCAAAAUCAAAGGAUCAUCAAACGCCAAUUCGUAAUCAAUGAUAAUCAUAAUAUCUACAAUUACUGAUAACAAACAUCGGUAAGCAUCCGUGAGGAGUUGACACCGGGGGGCCAGGGUGCAGUAGCAGUCGGCAGGAAGACAAGCAGCCGUACUUGUGUGCAGACGUCAGUGCCUGGUUGUGUAGGGCGGGAGUUACCAAACGCACCGUCUGUCGCCUUAACACCGAACUGUAGCCAAACGGUAUAUUCAUCGAGUUGGACAAAAAAACAACAACAACGUCGACGACGGAAGACUGCACCGAACAGGAAACCGACAGCACGGUGUAACGCAAGAACGACAGCAGCAGCAGUAGCAAAAAACAUUCACCAACUGAUAAGCCACCGACGGCAAACGCACACAGACACACGAGCAGCGCAAGUGUUUUUGGCCGUGGUGGUGGUCGUUGUUGUAAGCAGCAGCAGCAGCGGCGGCAGCAGCUGGCCGCUCAAGUGCUGCUGCUGCUGUUGUCAUCGUUUGUAUAAAAGUCUUGCUAGUGCUCUUGGUGGCAAUGGUAAUAAUCAUGUAAUAGCAUAUAUGCACAUAUGUGUGUACAUAUACACUAUAACAAUAUAUCGAGUUGUGGCGCCGCUAGUGCUAGCGCCGGCGACAAGAACACCGCUGCGGAGCGAACAACAUUAAUAAACAUCAACAGUAUUUAUUGAGUAAGCACAGCGCGAGAAAACGUGUUGUUGUUGUUGUUGUUGCUGCUGCUGCUGCUGCUGCUGCUGCUGCUGCGAUCAGCGUGUUUGAUUUAUUUUGCUGGGUCUUCUACUAGUGUUAUUUCUGCCAGGUGCUGCAAGCGAGCGAGCGAGCGAGCGUGGCGCGCCGGCUAGAGUUAUCUCGUUGCUGUUCGCUAAAAGCGACAGCAACGACCAGCAGCAGUAGCUGUCUUCGUCAUCUCUUGUCUUGUCGCCAGCGCGGGUCAGGCGACGAGGGGCUGCGGGCCUUCUUGUGGCCUGCGGUAGCAGCGGAUAGUGGCUGUGUGUGUGGGGGGUGCUGCUGCUGCUGCUGCUGCUGUUGUUGGGCUGUAGCCGUGCUGUUCCUCGUGCAGUGCCGCCCACUGGGGUGUGUUCCCUGACCGCUCUGCUCUGCUGCAGUAGCAGCAGCAGCAGCAGUCGUCGUUGUUGUUGUAGUAGUAGUAGUUGUCGUCGCCCUCGUGAACAAGCAAAAGUUGUAUGUGGUGAUUACCAGAAUCAACUUGCUGGUCAAUAGUUGUCGUGCAGCUGUGUGCUGUGGCGUGCAGGUGCGAAGGCAUUGUGUGUACUCUCGCAGAGCCCCGCCUUGUUGCCCAUUACCAGUUAUCAUCACUACCACCAUCAUCACGAUCCCAUAUGUGCCUCCGCUGCGAGCGCGGCGGUAAGUGCGACUCCUUACCGCAGCAGCAGCACCAGCAUCGCAUCGAAGCCGGCCGGCAACGAACUGUCGAGUAACAUUGCCAGCUGAAGAACGUCGACGUUGAACUGCGUGGCGUCCGCGGUGCUGCCAGUCGCGAUAGAAGGAAAACAGCAGCAAGAUAACGACUACAAACAAUAUUUACAGGCUUAAACGACAACAAAGACUGUGAAAAAAAAACCGAUAGAUAUCAACAUUGAACGGAAACAUUCUCCAGGGCUCAGGACUAUAGAGAGAAAGUGCGACCUCGACGGACCACGCACGAGCUACGGGUCAUCGGCUGGCCGACCGAUUGACAAUUGACGAGUUAUUGGUCAGUGGGCGUGUUCGUCUAUGCUCAUGUGUUACCCUGCAUACUUCGACUACCCCCAGUGUUCUCUGUCCCCCUCAUACCUAUUGGUAGUGUCGUAUUGAAUCCUGUUGUGCUCCACGUCGUCGUUAUCGUACGGCGUGCAACGUGUGCAAGCGGUGUGUAGCUGGACUAGUGUGUGGUUACUGCUGCUGCUGCUGCUGCUGCUGCUGCUGCUACUGCUGCUGCUGCGACAACAACUAAUAUUUGAUUAUCAUAGCCUUUGUCCCUGUCCUGAGAAAGCUUCUUUGUUAUCGCUACUAUUAUUAGUGCAGCAUUGCAAUAGUGUGAUGGCAAUGAGUUGAGAGAUCCGUUUUAGCUAGUGCCUGCCUACAUUUGAACGGAACUGUAUCACACACGCGUUAGUACAUCGGACACGUCGCUGGCCUACGUGCUGUAUAACUGCUAAUACCAGCUGAGGUUCAUCGCCACGUGACGACUACGUUCCGCCACACCGUCUGUUGGCCAACAAUAGCGACUAGGAUAUUAUCGUGAUCACGUCCUCGCCGCUAGCUCCGUAUCCGCGCGGAGGUACUGCUCUGCAUAGGUUGCCGAAGGCACUGGAGUCGUCAAGCGCCGCUGAAUCUGCAGGGCUGUGCCAGGCCGGUGCGAACGCCAGCUGCGUAGGCAGCGCCGAACUGCUGCAGUCCGGUGCAGGAGGCGAGGACGCGCCCGAGCACGAGCGGGAGCGCCGGCUCGCCAAAAGGAUGCGCAUGAUGGACACUUCAUCAUCACCCACCCGCCAGUCAUCACUCGGCGAGGACUCAGCGCCCAGCUCGCAGACAACAACAACAGCAUCGGUGACAGCAGCGGCGGUCGUGGGUGUGGGCAUUGCCCCCCCACUAACAACAGUGGGCUCCGGGUGCGUGGUCGGCACCCCGGCAGUCGCCCUCCCCGGCAGCGGUGCGCUCGGCUCGGCAAAUCCCAGUUCCGGGGCAAGUAGUCAGCCCGGCGGAGGCAAUACUGGGGGCAGCGGGACGGGAGCCGGCACAUACCACUUCAAGAUUCUCGUACCGUCGGUGGCCGCCGGCGCAAUCAUUGGAAAAGGCGGAGAGACGAUCGCGGCAUUGCAGAAGGAGUGUGGCGCACGGGUCAAAAUGUCCAAGUCAAACGAUUUCUACCCGGGCACAAGCGAACGUGUCUGUUUAAUCACGGGCUCUGUCGAGGGGAUUAUGCGCAUACAUAACUUUGUCAUGGAUAAGAUCAAGGAAAAACCGGACCCAAAUGCACGGAUCGCUAUCGACUUCGAUCAUAAGCAGACGGCGGAGCGCGAGAAGCAGGUGAAGAUUCUGGUGCCCAACUCGACGGCCGGCAUGAUUAUCGGCAAGGGAGGUAGUUAUAUUAAGCAGAUCAAGGAAGAGAGUGGCGCCUAUGUGCAGCUCUCGCAAAAGAGUCGCGACCACGCCCUGGCCGAGCGCUCAAUCACAGUUAUAGGGGAACUGGAGCCGACGCGCAAGGCCGUCGAGCUCGUGCUUGCCAAGAUCGUCGAAGACCCGCAGAGCGGAUCGUGCCUCAACGUGUCAUACGCCGAAGUGCAGGGUCCUGUGGCGAACUUCAAUCCAACAGGUUCGCCAUAUGCCAAUCCCGCCAGUAUAUCAACUGGUGGUGGCCUUCAAGGCAUACCUGGCGUCACAGGGGUUGGAAUCCUCCAGCACAGUCCGCCCGGUCAACAAGCAGGCCAGGCCGGUCUAGCUGGAUCCGCUGGCUGUGGUGGUGGGGGUGGGGGUGGAUAUAAUUCGAACGGGUCCGGUAGCUCGCUGAGCCCCACCGCACAGAUACAGCAGCACUACGCUUCGCAUGCCCAUGCACAUGUCAGUGGCUACCCUGGCAGCGGCCAGAGCGGCCACCCGUUGGCCAAUCAGAGUCUAGAUAGCCUCAAGCUGAUUCUCCGCCAGAAUGGCUUUGCAGAACAGGCGACUUCAGAGAUUCUCGCUGCAUUCGGCGUGUUAGCCAACUAUGGCUUGCUCGGUCCGAACGUGACGGGUCAGCUUCUCAAUGGUCAGGCUCUGAAUGUUACAGCAGUCCAACAUUCGUUGUACUCGUCGGCAGAUACGCCUUCCUUAUUCGGCCCGAUCGGCAGCCUGUCGGGAUUUGCUUCACCCACCAACCGUCCGCCAAUUGAUGGCAUGGGAGCGGGUCCGUACGAUCCGUUUCGACGUGCGGUCACUCCGCCGCCACUAACGACACCACCUCCACCACCUCCACCGGGAUCGGCGUCGUCGCACGCGUCUCAGCAGCACACCCCACAGGGGACGACCCAUGCCCCUGCCAGCGCCCAACAGACGCCACAGCAGAUUGUCAAUAACAAUUCGUUUGGUUUAGGAACUGCGGGGGGCGCAGCUGCAUCGACGCCAUUGAGUGGCGGCGGCAGUCUACGAAAAUCGCCGACGCCAGCGGGUGAAACUAGCGGUAAGGGAGGACCUGUCGAAGCUAUUCAGAAAGACAUCGAAGUCGGUGAGAACAUUGUCGGCGCCAUCCUCGGCCCGGGAGGAAAAUCGCUCGUAGAAAUUCAACGGUUUUCAGGUGCCUCGAUCCAGAUCUCGAAGAAAGGAAUCUUUGCUCCGGGCACUCGCAAUCGUAUCGUGACGAUCACCGGUAGCCCGAACGCUGUAGCUACCGCACAGUACCUCAUUCAACAGCACGUCGCCGAGGAGGAAUCGAAGCGCUCGCAACAAAACGUAAUGGGCGCGGUUCUUCGUUAGGGUAUCAUUAUUAUCAUUUACGAUGCCACAUGACCUAAAACAACAGCAACAAAACUAUUAACAAACAGCAAAGCUACAAAAUACAUACCCCCAGCAACAGCAGCAUCUACUGCAGUGAAAGUAAAUCAUGAGCGUGACACAAACUAUCGUUACAUCUGUCGACAACAACAACAAGAAUGUUAGAGACAGGCGGCGACGACGACAAAAAGAUUAUGUAUAAUAUUACCAACAACAUUUGCAGAAUAAGGACGAGUACGGCAGCCGUAGUAACAAUAAAUUUAACGAACCACGUUCAUAAGUGGUUACAUUAAUUGCACGUUCCAUAGGGGAUGAAUGCAAUGGGAUUGAUUACCUGCCAAACUGCAACGUCUACGGCCCAACACGGUUCAGUAUGGGCCGUGUGGCCUGCAGCCUAUUAAACGUGGAACAUUAUAUACAGAUAGACACAUACAGAUAUAAACAUCUAUACUGAUUAUAUAUACCUUAAGACACAUUUACACCAAAAAGAGAAAUACAUUAACAGGAGUAUAAUGAUGACCUAUGACGCAGUUAUUACCCAUGCAUUGGCACGGUGUUUGACUACAGUCAGUGGUCAAUUAGUACCCAUUGUCAUGUAAUGAUGUUAUAAUAUAUCUUUGCCGCCUUAAUGAAAAAGGAAAAGAACAUAAGGAAUAGGAAAAAGAAACUAAAGAAGGGAAAAACAGAAUGGAAGAAACAAGUAAAUGAAAGUAGGAUAAUGCAGCGAUUGUGUGCGCUCCACUUUGCUAAACAGAUGCAGCGGUGAGAACUGCGGUUGCUAGCUGAGAGUCGAACCGUAAUUAUGAUAUUAUUUCCAGGAAUAAGUUAAAACGAAAUGAAAAACAAGUAAAUAUUGCUAGCUUAUCUUAUUAUAUCACCAAGUUGGAAUUGUGCAGAAGAACGAUUUAGGGAUGGAAGAUAAGGAAAUGGAUAAAAGUGGGAGUCACUUUUACUUCAGGUCAUGUCAGGUUCGUCGUUCCGGUCGGACGACGCACUCGUAGGUGAGCUAACCAUUGACUGUACCAGAUAGUGGGUAGAUGAUCAAUGUAAAAUGAACCCAGGCCAAUAUCAUGAUUUCAUGUCGGCUCUUCUGUACAAAACAAUAAUAUUUGACGAUACACACAUACGAUGAGUGAGAGCAAGAGAAGUGAGUGCGUGCGACACGGCCAAUGACAAAUAUAUACGAUAUGCUAAAGCGACGUGGGCUUCAUUACGAAGCCUCAACGAAGCUGAGCGUCGUGAACAACAAAAGCCAACAGCUACUGCUAUUACUGCUACUACCACAACUACUAUGAAUGAGUCAAUGCUGAUGGUUAUUAAUUAGGGUUAUUAUAGUAAUUUUUAUAAUUAUUAUGCUUACUGCUAAACUCAUAGGGAUAGCAAAGUGAGGCUGAUAAACACGGAGUGGUAAUGAGUGAUUUAUCGUGAGCAGUGGUGAUGGGCUCUAGCGAGUAUAGAUAUUAGUUACGGACUGGUAGAGGAGCAUGCGGGAAUAAAGCUAUAUGUCUACUGAGAGAAUGAUGAUUACGAGCGAGGUGAGAGAGAGAGUGUGUGUGUGUGAGAGAGAGAGAGAGAGAGACGAUUGUGCGAGCAUGGUGAGGUAAUGGUGUCAGAAAUGAAAUUGUAGCAAGACAAAAGGUGCUUGCUUGAGGUAUUGUACAGGUCAAUGUCGAAGUUUAUCAGUGACGAAGUCGCCGAUGACGAUGAUGAAAUGGUUACAACCGGUGAGAAUGGCAACAAAAGAAUUGAAAAAUUGUGAUACGGGAUACUUGUAGUUUGUUUUGGCUGCGAGUUGAUCUUACCUCUGGUCCCGCCUGUCUGCUCUGCGUAGAUCUACUAACUACAGCAGCAAUGAAAACUGCAACGUUGAAAUAAACAGAAAAAACGACACGUAUAAUAUUUAACCUGAUCGUUAAAAGCAACGGCCCGGCCGCAGGUUAGCGAGAUCAACCGCUGACCGAAUGGCGGAAGCGCGAUUCAAGUAGAUCAAUAUAAUCCCGAAAUUUUAAUACUGGAGUUCUAGAAAGCAAACGACACAAGUGGAGAUCAUAAAAUGUAUUUGCGGAUGAAAAACGUUCCGGAAUCGCGCAGAGACUGACAUGCGAAUGAAAGAUCUAACAAAUAAUUACUCUGAAAAGUGGAACAGUAGAGAAAAUAACACCACCUGAGGUGCGGAUUAUGUAAUAUGUCCGUUGUCGACGAAGCAAAUCUUGGGCGAAGGCAUGAUAUAAUCAAAUUUAAACGACUUGAACAAUUUUGUCUUUGCUAAGUGAAAAACUAUAAAGCAAGCGAAUUUGUCGGAACACGACCAGUAGCAAAACAAAGAACAUGCUGCGCAGACCAAUCAUACAAACAUAAGAAGACGAAGUUAGAUUGACGAUGACACUUUAUGCCGUUAUUUUGAAACGCAAAUGAGGCCCAAAUAGAGACGCGAAAAGCAAGUCCCAAUGGAAACAACAGUACUUGUCGAACAGAAUAAUUGAUUGCCGAGAAUCAUCGGUACAUUGGCGAUAAUGUGUAAAGGAUCAUCAACGGAAGCAAUCUAAUAAUAACGUCACCCAUAGCGCGAACGAUGAUGCUGAUCACAGAACGAAGAGUGAAUUUAAUCGACGAAGAAACCUAAAAUGUUAGUGCGAUAAUAAUAUGCUGAUGAUGAUUAUAGUGCCGAUAAACUUAGCACGCCAUUAAGCGAUAUAUAUUAGGAGGACGAUUUAGCAAACAAAAAACAUCAACAAAUAAUGAUAACGCCUGCACGUGGCUAUGUAUGCGUGGAUCGUCCACACUUAACUAUGUUAAUGAUGAUGGGGUGUAUGCGUGGACGUGUGCCUGUUGGUUUUUAAGUUCUUGUUGUUUUUCAUUGUUUUCAUUUUUCAUCCUUUUUCAUUAUUAUCGUUAUUAUUAUUAUUAUUAUUGUAUGCUUUUUUUCUCGUUUUUUACGAUAAAGAUGAUUUCUACACAGUACAUUCAUAUGCAUAAAGAAGGUUUUUUGGCGUCUUCUGCUAAGAAAAAGCAAAGCAAGGUGUUAAUAGAGCGACUUUUUACGUAUCUCCCCAGCGACGACGUCUCGUGGGAAGACAGUGUCACGAAAGCUUGCGUAGAAGGGAUUAAUAAAUAAGCGUAAUCGUGAUCUAGAUAUAAUAAGAAUAAUAAUAUUAAUAAUCGAGGUAAUAAUAAUGUGACGCAAACAAAGUGAAGAUACGGUGGAAAGAGUGAGGCUAGAUCUUCAAGGUGACGAUGAAAUGUGCAGAAAAAUGAGCGGUGAAGUAAAAACUGAAGAACUGAAAAAAUGUAACAAACACAUCAUUAAGCAACAGCAGCCAUUACACGGGUCGACGGCAACAGUUAAAAGUAAAAGGAAAGAGGAGGAAAUCGUUGCCAUGAAACAAAUAACCUAAAUUAGCCACAUACACACAGGGGCAACCAAUAUACAAGAUCAGCAAUCACCCCAAAACUAUGCUUCUCAAUUAUUCAAAAUAGUCAAACUCGGAUUUCGAGUUACAUAUGUAGUAAUGAUAAUAAUAAUAAUAAUAAUAAUAAUAUUAUUAUUAAAAAGAAACGAUGUGUCAUGUAUACAUUAGACAUCUCUAUAUGCGUUAUCGCAUGUGCGUGCUUUCUAAUUUAAUCUUAAUAUAAUGAGAGGUCUAAUUUUCAAUAAAAAUUGAGUAAAGCUUGCAUCUUUUUAGGAUCAUGGGUACGUUGAAAGCACAGGAUGAAAUUGCGUUCGGGUGAUUUUAGACAAAAACUGUUUAAUUCAAACACAGAUUACAGAUAAAGCCAACGGAAAAAGGCAAAAGUGUGAGAAAAACGAGACAAAUAUCUGAUUUUGAUUGGUUAUUUGUUGUUGUAUUGUGCGAUUAAUAUUAUUCCGGUUCUGCUGUAGUAGUUUUAGCUGUAGGACCAAAUUAAGGGCAACAUUAACACCUAUAGGAAUAUUUCAACGAAAUACUGAAUGUGCAAAUUUACGUAUGAUGAUGAAAAUGCUAAAAAGUCUUCCUGGCCCCUUUGCCCUACAAAACAACUACAACAACAGCAAAAAGAAACUACUAAUAUUAUCAUAUAAACACGCUACAGCUACAGACACGUGGUAAAACUACAUUAAUAAUUAAUAUCUGUGGUCAUUUUCACUGAUUUUAUCAACAACGCGAUGAUGGUGGUUAUAAUGAUGAUUACGAGUAAAGAAAAAACAGUUCGAGUUGUACAAUUCAUGCAU